AUGGCUUCAGAAAGCAGACCCUACCAUCCGCAGGAUGCCAUAUCCACCACCCUCCGGGCCACCAUGGUCACCACGGGCGCCGGAGCCCUCGUUGCCGGUGUCCAGAACACCCUGGCCAAGCAGAACAUCGGUGCAAUGGGUGUUCUCACAAGGAGCGGAGGCACAAUUGCAGUGUACGCUGCUAUGGGUGCCUCCUACGCCUUUGCCAAGACCGCCUCGGCCAACCUCCGCGAGAAGAACGAUAGCCUAAAUUCGGCAAUUGGAGGCUUCUUUGCCGGUUCAAUGAUGGGUCUGAAAAUCCGGUCGACCCCUGCGAUAAUCGGAUAUGGCGCCUGUCUCGCGGUGAUAUUGGGCACAUUUGACUACGCCGGAGGGUCGUUGACCGGCUACACUGAGGGCCCUGAAGUCGACCAAGUGGCAAAGAAGGAGUUUUUGAGGAAGAACCGGAGGAUACCAGUGGAGCAAACCAUUGCCGAGCUGGGCGAGGGUCGAGGAAUAUAUGGGGCAGGAUAUGAAGAGCGAAGGCGUGAGCGGCUAAGGGAGAAAUACGGUGUUGAUUUCACCGGUGUCCCAUCCUCUCACUAAACUAGCGAACCCGUGCUCUUUCUGCGUAUUCUCGACGGCUUGCAACAAUUACAUUGCAGAUGGUAGAGCUUCCCCGGGCACAUGUACAUAUAUUUACAAAAAUUGUACCAAACAUGUUUUCGAUCUUGAGGUGAAAUCUCAGAAGCUGGACCUCGAAGUGAUAGACUUAUGGCACGUGCUCUGCAUAACUACUUCAAUAUGAACCAU